UCUUCUUCUGUGAACCUUCUCUCUUCUCUCUUCUCUCUUCUCUCUCUAGGCACUCACAUUCAUUCUUUGCUUCACCCUUUUAAAUCACAAGAUCCCCAUCUCCAUCUCUCUCUCUUUCACUUUCCCCUUCCAUGCCUUUGUUCAGAGUAUCCAAUCCUCCUCCCUUCGUCUCCUUCUUCUCACUUCUUCGCCGUUUCCAUUGACGGCUCAUUGCUCUCAAUCGCUAACACCAAGAAAACCUCCGUUAGUUUUUUUACUCACUGUUUGUUUCUUAAUAAAUAAAAAUAAAAGAAAAUGUCACCGUCAGGUAAACCGGUCCCUCCCCGUGAUUCAUUAACCACCUCAGAGAUCAACAAACCGGAUUUCCGCGAGCUAGAUCUCGGUUCACCGGUUUCUCCGCUUCGCUCUCAGCCACGUGGACUCACCACAACCACUACAACGAGCAGCAGCAGCUCUAGCUCCUCCGGAUCUCUAACUAGACAACAACAUCCCCCGGUUAUCUCAAGAUCCGGUUCGGUUCGCGGUGGUAGUAGUAGUACUCAAUCCGGUUCGAGCAGCGGGAACCAAACCAGAUCCGACUCGGUCACAUCGAACUCAACCUCCUCCGCCACUUCUCCGUCGUCGAAUGUGCUUCCCACCGGAAACAUCUGCCCCUCCGGGAAGAUCCAACUCACCGGAAUGACGCAGAGCCGCUCCAGAAGCGACGUUCUCGGAUCCGGCACGGGGACGUACGGCCACGGCAGCAUAAUGCGCGGCGGAGGAGGAAGCAGCGGCGUAUCUCCGGCGAAAACCGUCGCUCCGGUAACUAGCAGAAGCGGCGAAACGGUGUGGAAGAGAGCGGUUCUUGGUUCGGACGCGGAGGAGGUGAAGAGAGUGGGGAACGAGAUGUAUAGGAAAGGCUUGUUCGGCGAGGCGUUGAAGCUGUACGAUAGGGCGAUAGCUUUGUCUCCGGCGAACGCUGCUUACCGGAGCAAUCGCGCCGCCGCGUUGACGGGUUUGGCUCGUGUCGGUGAAGCUGUGAAGGAGUGUGAGGAGGCUUUGAGAUUGGAUCCGAACUAUGGAAGAGCUCAUCAACGUUUGGCCUCAUUGCUUAUUAGAUUAGGACAGGUUGAUAGUGCGAGGAAGCAUCUCUGUUUCCUUGGGAAACCAUCAGAUCCUACGGAGUUGCAAAAGCUUGAAGCUGUUGAGAAACAUAUGAGCAAAUGCGCUGAUGCGAGAAGGGUAGGUGAUUGGAAAGCUGCUUUGAUGGAAGUAGAUGCAGCUAUUGUCUCUGGAGCAGACUUUUCUCCUCAGCUAGGUAUGUGUAAAGUAGAAGCACUAUUGAAACUUCACCGGCUUGAUGCGGCCCAAUCAAAGCUAUUAGAAGCUCCCAAAGUAGAGCCGUUUCCAGCAUCUUGUUCUCAGACUCGGUUCUCUGGUAUGUCCUGUGAAGCUUAUACGUAUUAUGUCAAAGCUCAAGUCGAGAUGGCUUUAGGAAGGUUUGAAAAUGCAGUUAUGGCUGCUGAGAAAGCUAGCCAAAUAGAUCCACGAAGCAACGAAGUCGCCACGUUACACAAUACUGUUACAUUGGUUGCUAGGGCUCGUGUUCGUGGUAACGAUCUAUAUAAAUCAGAAAGAUACACGGAAGCAAGCUCAGCUUACGCAGAAGGCCUUAGGCUUGACCCGUGCAACGCUAUUCUAUAUUGUAACCGAGCAGCUUGCUGGUUCAAACUUGGAAUGUGGGAACGUUCGGUCGAAGAUUGUAACCAAGCGCUGCGUUUUCAACCACGUUACACAAAGCCACUUCUCCGUAGAGCUGCCUCAUAUAGCAAGAUGGAGAGAUGGGCGGCUGCAGUGAGUGAUUACGAAGCCUUGAGGAAGGAACUGCCUCAUGAUAAGGAAGUAGCUGAAUCUUUGUUCCACGCUCAAGUCGCGUUGAAGAAGUCUCGCGGAGAAGAAGUUUUGAAUAUGGAGUUUGGUGGUGAAGUUGAGGAAGUUUACAGCCGUGAACAGUUUAAAGCUGCCAUGAACCUACCGGGAGUUUCGGUAAUUCAUUUCUCGACGGCCUCUGAUCAUCAGUGCAAGCAGUUGUCUCCGUUUGUGGACUCGCUAUGUACUCGUUAUCCUUCUAUACACUUCCUCAAGGUGGACAUAGAUAAAUGUCCGUCUAUAGGUAACGCAGAGAACGUGAGGGUUGUACCGACAGUAAAGAUAUACAAGAACGGUACUCGUGUAAAGGAGAUAGUCUGUCCAAGCAAAGAAGUGUUGGAGUACUCAGUGAGACACUAUAGCAGUUAGUUAAUACACUCAUUUACCCCUCAAUAAUCCCACUUAAGUUCAUUACCAGGGAACCUCAUUAGUGUAGAGUUAUCAGCUCUUUAUGAUUUGUUCAUUCAUUCCCCUCCUCUUCAAUGCCCUGUGAUCUGUCUCUCUGUCUGUGUUCUUCUUCUUCUUCUUCCAUUCAUUUUUCUCUGCAGAUUGAGAUUGGCAUAGGCUCCUUCUUCAGCUUCACUUGUUUAGGUAUAUUGAGAGAUGUUUACUGGUUGGAUAUUACUCUGUGUACAUAAGAGAAGUCUGUAUGUGAGUGAAGAAGGGGUUUUAUUUACUAAAAUGGGCAAACAGAGGAUGAUUUGGAUUCUUCAUUUUUUCCCCUUUGUUACUCUUAGAGCUUAGUGAAACUUGUCAUUUCAUUUCUCCUUUUUUUCACAACAUUUUCAUCAAUAAAAAUAUAUAAUUUUAUUCA